GCCGGCCUGCGCACGCUCGUCAUGGCCAAGCGCACCAUGCAGCCCGCGCUCUGGGAGGAGUGGCUCGCGGGACACGCGCGCGCCUCCGAAAUUGGAGAAGGUCGCGAGAAGCGCAUCCGCGAGUCCCUGGCGCGGCUGGAGAGCGCGCUGAGCCUGGUGGGGGCGACGGGUGUGGAGGACCGGCUGCAGGAGGCGGUGCCGCGCACCGUGCGCGCGCUGCUGGACGCCGGCCUCGCCGUCUGGGUGCUCACCGGCGACAAGCCAGAGACCGCCAUCAACAUCGCAUACUCCGCCGCGCUCUUCUCCCAGACCGACCGCCUGCUGCAUCUCAUGUCCAGAGACAAGGAGCACGCGGAGUCGACGAUCAAGAGCUACCUGGAGGGCGGUCUGGCGGAGGGCGGCGGCGGACGCGCGCUGGUGGUGGACGGGCGCACGCUCACCUACAUCCUGGACCGGCGCUCCGGCCUCGUGGCGCCCUUUCUCUCGCUCGCCAAGCGCUGCUCCGCCGUGCUCUGCUGCCGCGCCACGCCGCUGCAGAAGGCGUACAUCGUCAAGGCGGUGAAGGAGGAGCUGGGUGUGACGACGCUGGCGAUCGGUGAUGGCGCCAACGACGUCUCUAUGAUUCAGACCGCCGAUGUUGGAAUUGGUCUGUCAGGUCAGGAGGGGCGGCAGGCGGUGAUGGCGUCAGACUUCGCGCUGUCGCGGUUCAAGUUCCUGGAGCGGCUGCUGCUGGUGCACGGACAUUGGUGCUACGACCGUCUUGCGCGCAUGAUUCUAUACUUCUUCCUUAAGAAUGCCACGUUCGUGUUCCUGGUGUUCUGGUACCAGUUCUACUGCGGCUUCUCCUCUAUGGUGAUGAUCGACCAGCUCCAUCUCAUGGCCUACAACCUCAUGUUCACCGCCUUCCCCCCAAUAGUCAUAGGUGCAUACGACCGGUCAGCGCCGGCUGCGCUGCUGGCGGAGCGGCCGGGCCUGUACGGGGCGGCGCGGCGCGGGCUGGCGUACCGCGCGCACUCCUACUGGGCCGUGCUGGCAGAGUCCGUCUACAUCAGUGUGGUGAUAUUCUUCAGCGCCGCCAGCGCCUACUGGGACACCGACGUCGACAUCUGGCUCUUCGGCCUCGUCAACAUGACCUGCUGUCUGCUCGUCAUGCUCGUCUACGUCGCCAUCGAGACCAGGAGCUGGACUGUGAUCCACGUGGUGGCGCUGUCGGGCUCGCUGAUAUCGUUCUUCGUGCUGACGCUGAUGUACCAGUCGGUGUGCGUGUCCUGCUUCAACCUGCCCUCCACCUACCGCGUCAUGCACCACGCCCUCGCCGACCCCAUGUACUGGCUGCUGCUCGUGCUCACCACCGUCGCCGCGCUCGCACCCAGACUGGCGUGGCACGCGGUGCGCAACUCGGUGCGGCCGGGCGCGCUGCGGCGAGCCGUGUUGGCACGCCGGCGGCGCCCGCGCAGAUUGCCCUACGCCGCCACCUACCACACCACCAGCGCCUCCGCGCACGUCUACAGGUCGACGGACGAGGACGGUCUGCAGAAGACGAACUCGGACGUGGCGGCCAUCACGUGACGUCGCCUCCUUUUAUUUAAUUUGAACCCAGGCUGUGAUCUGUCAUUAGAACUAUUUGUAAUAUAAUUAUAGAGUAAUAUAUUGUGCUUUUGUACCAAUAAAGCGGGACCAAUGCGUCAGUCGUGACCGGGCAGACGACUAAUGUUUGUAUUAAUUUAAUUUGUGGCGAGCUGAAGACGUGCUCGCCGGUUGAACGACACGAGGAUUUACACGUUUAAGUUAACUUUUCUAGUCUGUACUGUGUGUACCUAGCGCGCGCCAGCUCCGGCCCGCGCUCUUCCAAGAUCUGUUCUCUGCCGAUAGUGUUCGCUGCGAACAUAGUAUUCUAUUUGGUUCAGUAUUGUCAACGCUUCGGAGCCACCGCGGCUCGCCGGCACUGUACUAUGCAAUUAUUGUACUUAUGUUCCGCUUCUUGUGGGAAAGAGAAAUCGAGAGUUGGAAGUUUAGAGAAGUUCGCUUGCCCCAUGCAAUCAGGGUUUGUCUGCGUUAUGUUCCUUGUCGGAUGGUCGAUGGACUUACGGCGAUGUGAUACUGUCUUAAUAUUGCGGAACUAAUUUAUUUAACGAUACUAAACAUACGCCAUUCUGCAAGGGACAAAACGUAGAAAUAUUUGUCUACACUAGAAGUGUAACUAUUGGUGUUCAUUGUGAUUUGGAGUGAUAGCGCAACAGUGAUCGGUGAUAUAAAACAAGUAUUUUUAUAUAUUGUGGAGUGAAUCGUCUCCACGUAUUUCGUUUGGUAAUCGAGCCCGCUGCCUUGCCGGAGACUGGACGAUUUCAGGUUUCAUUGCUGUCUCAGGGGCAAGAAAUACACUAAAUAUUUACCUCAUUUUACGACAUCUAACUAAAUAAGAUCAGCAUCAUUUAAACUUCGAAUCCUCAUGUACUAUUAACAUAUAUUCUAAUAUUUUUGUUAACCUUUUCAUAUCUGUUUAAUAUAUUUUGAUAUCAAUUGAAAUAAAACACGUAUUCAUAAAGCAUAUUUAUUUAAAAGUAAAAAAAUGUAACAGUAUAAACAAAGUGCCUUGUCCACGCGGCGGCCGCUCGUGUCGCCGCGUAGUGUAUUUCUUGCCUAGCACUGCCUUUCGUGACUAGAUGAUUCCUAAACAAAUUACUAUUUUUAAUACUAUUUCUAGUUGUUGUACAUAGUGACAAAUUAUAUAUUUCUACAUGGGCGAUUGUUACAUGUAUAGUAGGAUAUUUUUUAUAUUUAAAAUAAAUCUUUGUGUAAAUAACUUGUAUGUACUAAGACUGUUGUUUAUUUUAGAGCUUCUAAUUUGUUCUGUUAAACUGAAUUAGGGUAUUGUGAUGAAAAAUAUGUAUUUUCCAGUCAUUCAGUUACGAUUGCAACGCUGGAUUUUAUUUGUGUUUCUUAUAUUUGUAAUUAAUAAUUUUGUUUAUAUUUUCUUGCCAUAUAAUUUGGUCGUUUAGUUGUUUUUUUUUUUGUGAAUGUGUACAAUCUUGACAACGGACAGAAUGCGAAGGAACGUAUAAUAUUGGUGGAAUUGUUAUUGGUGUUUGAAAAUCUUCAUAAUUAAGGAUUCAACUGAUUUUUACUCAGGAAAAAAAUUUUUAGAAAACAUCGUAGAUAUAUCUAAGUAUUGAAUAUAAUCGCGACCGUCAAGUGAAAAAAAAAUACUUAAAAAGAAUUUUUCACUCGGCGACCGUUCGUGCUUGUUUCUGUAUACGUUUUUUUUUUGAAAAUUAGACAUAUCUAGAAAAUAUUUCAUGAUAAUUUAUUUAAGCUUGUUACAGUAUCGUUGGUAUGAAUGUAAACCGGCAAAUAACUUGACAACUAAAAAAAAACAAAUUGCGAGGUACUUAGCCUUUAUAAAUAUACUAAAUUAAUUUUUUUCAAGAUAUUUGCCGGUGACCUUAUUGAGCAGUAUUGAAAAUUGUGCCUAGUCUUUUGUCAUCGAAAGAGUUUGUAGUACUUUGCAGAGUUUCUAUUGUCGUUGAUAAGUUAUUGCGUGUCCGAGAUCUUCCAUAAACGUGGAUUUCCACUGUCGUAGCACUUGUAUCAAAAUGGGCGUCUCCAGGGGGUGUUAGGGAGGGGCUGUUGCCCCGCCUCGUCUAGAGAAUUGAAAAAUGUAAAACAGAUAUAAAAAUUCCACCCAGACCUAGAUCUUCAGGUGGCGACGCCUUUAUAUAUUCUUUGAGAAAAACAGUAACAAGAGUAAAUUUUAAUACAAGUACUAGAGCAGUGGAAUUUCACGGUCACAAUGAGUUUGUUGUAGCAACUUGUUGUCUAUGUGUCAGGGUUACCAACAUUAUUUUAUUGAUGUCUAAUAUAUAACGCUUAGGUAAUGACCACCGAAAUCCAAGUUAUAGGAAAUGCUUUGGAAAGUCUUCAAUUUUAUUUUAUUUAAUUUAACAUUUAACAAUUGCUUUGUCAUUGGAAUUAUUAUAUAAAAAAUUUAUAAUCAAAUAAUUAAUCAUUACAAACAUUUUAUAAAACGACGAAACUGCAUUUAUGUUGUGAUAGUAAUGAAAGUGAAUGUUGCGUGUGUGUGGAGGAGGGGGUAGGGGGAGGGGGGGUUAGUGCAUCGCAAUGACUAGAAAAUACAAUUUGUCCGUACGUGUUGUUUUAUAAUAAUAACAAAAUAUUUAAUUUCAUUAAAAUUGUUUUAUUUAUUUUCGCAAUCCCCUGCACUCGAUCGUUUCAUCGAUAUUUACGUAAUGAGGCAAAUUGCCUUGACCCGUUUUGUUUUAUAAACAUAAGAUAGAAUUAUAAACAACCGCAAUAGAUUUAAAAAACAAAUAAAAAUAAUAACAAGUUUCAUAAAUCAAAAGCACCUUUCGAAUUUUAUCUUUAAACCUGUACUUAGAGUAAGGUUUAAAAUAAUUUUAAGCCAAAUAAAAGCCAAAUUUUAA